AUGAUCCGGUUGAAAGACGAUAACUUCUUGAAGUGGCAUUAUCAACUCGAGUCUGUUAUGGAAGGCUACGAUCUCUUUGGCCAUUUUGAUGGCUCGAGCAUUGCACCGCCGAAAUUUGCAAUCUUGGAUGAGGAAGGUGCUACCUCUGAGAUCACCGCAACCUACAUGGACUGGGUGAAGAUCGACAAAGCACUUCUCAGCUGCUUGAUCACCACGCUAUCUAAUGAUGCGAUUGAAUGUGUCAUUGGUUGCAAGACGGCACAUGAUGCAUGGAUGAAUUUGACGGAUCCAUAUGCCAUAGUCUAUCGUGCUUCUAUAAAUCAUCUCAAAAUCGAGCUUCAUACUGCACAUAAAGGCUCUGAUUCAAUUGAAAAGUUCUUGCUUUGCCUCAAACACAUUCGCAAUCACCUCGCUGUCACUCGUGUUUCGGUGUCCGACGAUGAUAUGAUGAUUGCAGCUUUGAAUGGACUUCAUUUUGAGUAUGAUAUGAUUAAGACAAUCUUGGUUGCUCUUGACACUUCGCUUUCCUUCAAAGAUUUUUGCAAUCAAUUGCUUGCGGCUGAACAAGCUGCUGAGGCAUGCAUGCUUUCUUCUCAUGCACCUAUGGUUGGUAUGCUGAGUCAAUCCUCUCCCUCUAUUUCUUCCCAUGCCUUAUCUGGUUCUAGUCAUGGUGAUGUGGUUGAGACAAAUUCUCUAGUUCUAGACAUUUUGGUCAUGGUUUUCAAGGCAAGUUUCAAGUUCCUUCUACGUCUGGUGGUGGUGUUGUUCUUAAGUGUCAAAUAUGUUGCAAGUGAGGGCGAUGGGGCUCUAGAUUAUUUCCAUCGCUCCAACUAUAUUUAUCAAGGUUCUCUACCACCAGCUUCCCUCACGGCCAUGACGGCUCAAACUUUUUUCUCUCCUGAUGCAGUAUUGAUUGUAGACAGUGGGGCAAGUCAUCACAUGGUGCCUCAUAUGACAAUAAUGGAUUUCUGCUUUACCUUGCACCUCUUUAGAUCAAGUGAGAGUGGAAAAUGGGGAAGGACAAAGUCACCAAUAAGGUUCUCUUCCAAGGCAAAAGUGAUAAUGGCUUAUGCUUCUUCUUCUUCUUUUCAGCCUCUUGAUGGCUCUUUUCUAGUUUUUUCUGAUCAGCAAAUGCAAGUUGUCAUUUCCCCUAUUGAUCAUGCCAGUUCUGGUUCUUUAUCUAGUCUCUCUUCAUCUCAGAACAUACAUCCAAUGACUACCAUGUCCAAAUUUGGUCUGUCUCAAAAUAAGUUCUUUGAGGAUUAUCAAUGUUUUACUUCUAUACAUGAUUCUACUACUCUCGAUGUGCCUUCUACAUUUCGUGCGGCUUCUUUCUCUCCUGCUUGGAUUAAGGCUAUAGAGGAAGAGAUUUAUGCCUUAACCAUGUAG